GCUGAGUGAAAAACGGAGCAGAAGAGCGAAACAUGGCGACUUCGAACAAUCCGCGGAAAUUCAGCGAGAAAAUCGCUUUACAUAACCAGAAGCAGGCGGAGGAGACAGCCGCGUUCGAAGAAGUGAUGAAAGACCUCAGCAUAACCAGGGCAGCGAGGCUACAGCUGCAGAAGACUCAGUACUUGCAGCUGGGACAAAACCGUGGACAGUACUAUGGAGGAUCUUUGCCAAAUGUCAACCAGAUUGGAAACAGCAGCAUGGAUAUGACUUUUCAGACUUCAGGGCUGGACACGAACAGGUCGACGCGACACCACGGCUUGGUGGACAGAGUCUACAGGGACCGGAACCGGAUCACAUCGCCGCACAGAAAGCCGUUGUCUUUUGACAAACAUGGACGCCAGAUUGACAGCUGUCCAUAUGGCGCGGUUUAUCUGUCACCACCACCUGAUACUAGCUGGAGGAGGACAAACUCUGACUCAGCACUGCACCAGAGCACAUUAAUUCCUGCCCAGCAGGCCUCUUUCAUUGGAGGGUCACAGGAGCUCCAGCCCAAAAGAGUUCUCCUGCUCACUGUACCAGGAGCUGAAGCCAUUAAAGGAGAGGUUGAUGAUGAUGGCCAAGAACAGAACUGGGAGUGCAGAAAGAACAUUUCAAGGUCUAAACUCUGCAAAGUUCCAGGGAUCAACAUCUUCCCAUCUCCGGACCAGCAGUUGACAGCUUCACUAAAACCAGCAGUCCACAACACCGGCGGUUCUCUUCCUGAUCUGACCAACAUCCAGUUUCCUCCUCCUCUGCCCACCCCACUCGACUCAGACGAUGCUGUGGUCGCCUCGUUCUGCUCCUCCAACAGCAUGCAGAACCUGGCGAACACUCAAGGAGUGAGCACAUCUCAGCCCACAGUAACCAUGGAAAUGCAGCCAGGGCAGGACAACAUGGUCCCUCUCAUCCUGAAUGCAGGAGACUCCCACCAGCCUCAGAGCUUGCAGCUCUCCCCGACAUCUCCUCCUCUUUCUUUAUUGAAGUAUCUGUUGCUGUGCUUCCCCCAGGCGGCCAUCAACGCCAUGAACCUCGAGCAACAGCUGUCCCAGUAUGCCUUCUUCAACCAGCAGCCGUCGUCCCAGACCCACCAAAACCAGCAACAGACAGGUCUGGUCCAGCUGUCGUCCUCGGUGAACUCCUGCUCCACAUCAGACAAUCAGUCCUCGCAAACCAACAUGACCAUCGACAUGAAUACGGCCUCCUCCCUCCAACAGUACCGCAGUAGGGUCGGAUCCUCUGCAAAUCAGUCUCCAACCUCCCCAGUCUCCAAUCAAGGCUUCUCUCCUGGAGGCUCGCCUCAACAUAACUCCAUACUGGGCAGUGUGUUUGCAGACUUUUACGACCAGCAGCUCCCGUCUAUUCAGGCUAGUGUGCUCUCACAACAGUUGGAGCAGUUCAACAUGAUAGAAACUCCCAUCAACUCUGACAGCCUGUAUAACCAUACCUCCACCCUCAACUACUCCCAGGCGCUCAUGAUGGGUUUGACUGGUGGCCAUUGCGGCCUGCAGGACUCGCAGCAACUGGGCUACAGUAGCCAUGGAAACAUCCCCAACAUCAUUCUCACAGUGAGUGGAGAGUCUCCCCCCAGCCUGCCCAAGGACCUGACCGGCUCUCUGUCCACAGAUGUCAGUUUUGAUAUCGACUCCCAGUUCCCACUGGAUGAUCUGAAAAUAGACCCACUGACUCUUGACGGCCUGCACAUGCUUAAUGACCCAGACAUGGUCCUCGCCGACCCAGCCACAGAGGACGCGUUUCGCCUCGACCGGCUCUAACCAAUGAUGGUGCACAGGUGUGUGAAUGCCGCAGGCCUGGGCGGGAGGGAGAAGGGGAGUUACAUUUUAGAGGAUGAGUUCAAAAAGAGAGGGAUUCCAAAGUGUACUGGUCAAGAUCUGGUCAGUGCAGAGUAUCAUUCCCAUUAAACCAACCCAAUUAAACCCCACAAGAGAGCUUUCAAAAGAGAAGAUUGUAGAAAAACACAAUGUGAAGUUGAAGACGUGCCCAGCCUCCCAUCUCUUCAGAACCAGAAUGAUGGUUUACGACUGAUUACAAUCAAGUUUUGUUUGCAGAUCUCUCAGUUUUUAAAAAUUACGCUUUUAGUUUUGGUUGAAUUUAGAUUCCUAUUUUUUAUGGAAGUAAAUAUGAGGUUAAAUCGAGCCUCAAAGUCUGCAGAGUUAAUCCUUUUCAAUCAGUAGUGUUUGACACACGUGUUUACAUCGCACAGCUGGAUGACUCAGAGGAAACACCUGUCAGGUUAGACCUGCUCUAUGCCAGGCUGCUUGUACUCUCUGUCAAUUUAGUUGUUGUUGAUUUAGUGCUAAUCCCCAUUUGGUUUGAUCAAGAAGACAAACUCAGACCUGGUUAGAGUUUUCACACAUUUCCUCUGAAGACCCAAAAGACAAUAACUUGUUAUUUUACCAACUGAGAUAUUUUAAGAAAAUGCUGAUUAUCGGUUAUUACCAUGGUAAAUAGCAGUCAUCGGUUAUGCAUGAAAUUACAAAACACUGUGCAUACUUGUUUUGCCUUAAUAGCUUAACAUUUUGUUUUUUUGUGUGCAAAUAUGACUAUUAUGUAAAUGAGAAAAAAUACAUUUCAAAUGUUGAGUUACUGUUGAGCAGGUGGUCUGGUCUACAUCAUUCAUGGUUGCAUUUUUUGGAGGUGCACUGACCUUUACCCAUUACUCCACCCAUUGUUACUAACAUGCCAUUUAUCUUUUACAUGAUCAGCCCAUUCUAAAUGGUUCACAGAGUGAUUCUGUUAUGAAAUAGAUGUUUACAGGCUUGUUUUGUUUUUCUCAUGUACAGAAUGUGAUUAGAUUUAGCGUAAUGGUGUCUAUGCAAAACUACAGCGAUUGAUUUAGGACUGUAAAGUGAAACACAUAAAAUGAACCCUUAUAAAAGGAAGCCAACAUGCAAGACUCUCAUAGCGCUGGUGCCAUGUUUCAUUUCUUGUAAUACUUUGAAAACUUCUUUUAGACUAGUUAAUUGUGGAGAAAAAAAUUCUCGGUGAGUAGGGCACCCUGUAGAAACUCUCCAGGAUUUCUCCCAAAGAUGUGACCUCAGUGUAGUCGAAAUAUAUAUAUUUUUCCAGAUAAUUAAACUGCCUCUAUACUAGAACAGCAUUGUUGAUGCAAUGAGAAUGUAUUUUGGUCACAUCUUUACGGUUGUGUUGUUGCCAUCUUGUCAUCCUCAUUGCCUCUCAUAUCUGGCCUUUGUGUACUGUAGGACCAAAUAUCUUGCACCUGAUUGUUUUUCUCCCUGCAAAGGAGAUUUGUCUUUUUUUUAAAACGUUAAGACUUUAUUUGUUUCUUUAGCACUACAGUGACUCUGAAUAUCUGUUUCCUAGUCAUAAUGCUGCUUUGUGUACCCUUGGUUGACUUGUUUGAUGUAUCUCUGGCUCUUUUGUUCUAAAACUUUUUGGCUUUCUGCUCUAAAACACUCCUCAUGAAGCCAGGAUCAACAGCUUGACUGCGUCCAUAUCUCAUAUUGCACUUUAUGCAUUUAUUUGAAAAAAAGAUUUAAAAGAUUUUAUAUACACUCCCCUGUGACUGUUGCGUGCACUGGACCUGUUGUUGCCCUGUCUCUGUUUAAAUUGCCUUCUUGUAAAAAAAAAAAAAAAAAAAAAACAGAAAACAAAAAACAGAGAGAAUAUGAAAAAACAGAAUUAAAUUAUAGUUAUUUUUUAAUAGUCAUAUAAAAAAAAUAUAUUUAAAAGAGCUGUUUGAAGUCAAUCAGUAGGUAUUUUGUUAGCUGUGUACUGUUCAGGAACACUGUUGUAUUUUGGGACAGAAACUAAACUAUGAAAAUGUGUUACUAAUCUCUUAUGAGCAAACCAAAUGUUUCUUAUUGAAAUAGCUCAAAAUACUGUCAUGUUUUUUCGUCAUUUCUAAAAUGAGCUAACCAGUAAUCUGCAGGGCAUAUUAUCACAAUGCCAUGUUUGAUAGGAUCGAACAAUCACUGAAAAAGAGUGAGUACUAAUCAGUCCAGGUAUAUUAAUGUUACAAAUACCCAUAAGGUGAAGAUUGUUUUUUUCUAGGACACUAGACACUCGUUUCCCCUCAGUCUACAACACUAAACACGUUAUCCUUUGCUACAACAUUAUUUCUUUUGUCAAGUGUCAAGGUCCUUUUGUGCCAGCAUAUUUCACCAUUAUUAUUUUUGUCAUGAUCUAAAUCAAAAAUGUUCUGAAAAAUGUUAUGGAAUAAGUUGAAUUUAAGUUGUUGGGCUUGAAGAUUAUUUUUCCUCUUGUUUUUGAAAGUACUUUAAUGUGUUCGAUGCAUCAUGUGUCUGUAUUUUUGCAUUUUUUUAUGUUAUUUAGAAAAAGUUGUGAUUGCAUGAAUAUCUGGAAAUCUUUUCCCUUUUUACGGCUUUUUUUUCUCUUGUUCUUUUGAAGGGCUGGGGACAGCUUGUUUGUCUUAAGUGUUCUGUUUUUUGGUGAUAUAUGUGCUUUUAAUGUCUUUUUUAACUUCAGCGUCAUGUGUAGGCUACAGUAUGUAUCUGCUAAGUGAAGCCUAAAAGCAUCAGAAGUAUGGUAAUCAGCCGUUUUAUGCACAUGUACAAGCUGUUGUUUGGUACUAUGUUUUACACUGCAAUAUACAGUAUGUGCUUUCUGUGCAACACCUACAGAGUUUGAUUAUGUCAUGGUAAAUCUAGACUAGCUUUGUACAUUGCUGUGCAGUAGGAUCAAUGUUUUUCGUGCUUUAUGUGCUAUGAUGUCAAAGUGAGAAAAUGCACUGAGAAAUACUGUGCUGCAACACGUCCUUGUGGCUCUUAUCUUCUCUGCUGGACCUCAGACUUUAAGCGUGAGCCUGACAUCUUUUGUAGGUCCAUUUUUCUGUUUGAGUGUUUCUUUUGAACUUUUGUGCUCAUGUAGAUAGCUCUGACUGAUGUGUCGCCUGUCAAUGUCACCUUUUUAAGCAUCAACGUUCAGGUUUCCAUUGGUGUUCUUUAAGCCAGUGUUUACAGAGACAAGAGUUUACAACAGAGCAAUGUUUGUUUAUCUCUUCGAAAAUAUUUCAGCUUUGUUAAAUACUGUUAUAACAGACUACAUAUGAACCACUUGCAGUGUAAAAUAGCAAAACAUUUUUGCUAUUUAAUUGUAACAGUGAAUCAGUAAUGUCAUUUGAAUUGUAUGACAAUUAUGUCAAUAUUAUGACCUUAUUAAUAUAUUCUUUUUCACAAGAUUUUAAAAGUUAUAUGAAUUCAUUAUCUUUUCUCUGGACUUCAUCCUUUGGCAUUUCCAGGCCCUGAUGGCACUUUUUAUUUAAUUGACUGCUUUUAUUUUUCCCCUUAUCCCACUCUCCAUAUGUAUUUUUUUAAUAAGUCAUAAUAACAAUAUAGAUUGAUUGAGUUAAGUAGUGAAUCUGUCAAUAACACUGUUUCCCCUUUUUUCUCUUCGUUUUAAAUCAACAGUGGAACAGAAAAUGCCAAAUUUCAGACUAGCCAUAAAUGAGAGAACUCUUUUUUUUUUUCAAAAUAUUUUAUUAGAAAUGACUUUACAUAGAAACUAUGAACUUAUCAAUGCAUUGUUUACAUUGGAUAUGAUAACAACAAAUAUUGCAGCAGCAUAUGUAAAGAGAUGUGACUCGUGGAUCCUUUCUAAUGCAUGGGAAAUCUCUUUUCUGGUAUGCUAAAUUUCAAAAUAUCUCGUAAAAUACCUUGACAUGUUACAUUUUACUUUAAAUUAUUUUGCUUUUUCGUCUUUUAUAAAUCUUGUCAAACACUUUUUGAAGUGCAUUUCACUAUAUAAUACUUGUCUGAGAAAUAAGAUCAGAUGUGGCAGAUUCAAAUACUGUAAAGUCAGACUGUAUACUACUAGAUAAAUGUUGACUCUGUGAUGCAACACAUUAAAACACAAACUGAAUCAGGAAGAUGAAACGGACUCAUAGUCCUGUGGGGUUACUCAGUGGGUUUCCUCACAUCUCUGAAUCCUUUAUGUGCAUUUUGAGGGCAGCCCACUGCUGGUUCAAGCCUCAUACAAUGGCAGCUAAAUUGUUAUAUAAUGUAUUUUGUUUCUAAGUACAGUUACACUAUUCCAAACAUGCAUUUUACUGCCGUGAAGGGGUGCACUAUGCUCCUGUUGUUACGCUCACAGCAACAGGAAACAUUAUGCUCAUGGAAUAUGCAAAAUCUAGCAUUCUGCAGCACAGCUUGGCAAGUUGGUACUUUUUUGAGGUAACCCUUUAAAAAAUGACUGGAUCAAACGUUGUUCCUCAAACUGCGUGUUUUCUAUCUUGACUGUCAAAUCAGACCAAAAGAAUCCAAGUUGGCUGUAAAUGUGUGCUAUAUAAAAGAAGAAAUAUGCUUCUGUUUGAACUGUACCUGAUGUAUUUUUCUUGUGUGGAGGCUUCUGUCCUUGUAACUUUGCAUUAUUAUUUGUAAAAGAAAUGAAAAUAAAUAUAUCUGAAUAAGCAGAAA